GUCGCUGUCGCCUAGGGCCGCGUUCUCGUUCAGACCUGGCGGCCGGCUCCCGACCGACCGACCGCGCGCCGAGCCAGCCUGGCCUCAGUUUCCCCGUUUCCCAAGAGGGGGGGCCAUGCUGUCCUGUUUCAGGCUCCUCUCCAAGCACCCCAGCCCUUCGCUGGUGUCGCUGCGCAGUGCACCCCGCGGCUUCCCGCUCCCGCCUCGCUGGGCCCCCGCGCUCCCCGCCGGCCCCCCGCCGGCCGCCCCCCGCCGCCCGCUGGCCGCCGCCUCCUCCCGGGGCCCCGCCUGUCCCGCCAAGACCCCCUCCGGGGUGCGCCAGAACUUCCACCCCGACUCCGAGGCCGCCAUCAACCGCCAGAUCAACCUGGAGCUCUACGCGUCCUACGUGUACUUGUCCAUGGCCUACUACUUCUCCCGCGAUGACGUGGCCUUGAACAACUUCUCCAGGUACUUCCUGCACCAGUCCCGGGAGGAGACGGAGCACGCAGAGAAGCUGAUGAGGCUGCAGAACCAGCGAGGAGGCCGCAUCCGCCUGCAGGACAUCAAGAAGCCCGACCAGGACGACUGGGAAAACGGGCUGCACGCCAUGGAGUGCGCCCUGCUCUUAGAAAAGAACGUGAACCAGUCGUUGCUGGACCUGCACGCUCUGGCCUCUGACAAGGGCGACCCCCAUUUGUGCGACUUCCUGGAAACCCACUACCUGAACGAGCAGGUGAAGUCUAUCAAAGAACUAGGUGACUAUGUGCACAACCUAGUUAAGAUGGGCGCCCCGCAUUCUGAACUGGGCGAGUACCUUUUUGACAAACAUACUCUUGGAAAUGAAAAGAAGCAGAACUAAGCUGCAGGCUGCCCUUCCCCGCGGCUACCCAGUGCAUCCAAGACGGGAGUCCGCGGUCUCCUGCUUUCCUGCCCUUAAAAUUCACCUCUAUCUUUAUACUCAUCUCCUCCUAUAUUGUUCCUCCAAUAAAGUGAUUUGUUUAAAAAAAAAAAAUGGUUAGCCCCAUGUUAAAAAGGGCUUUUUGCCAUCAUCAAGAUACUUAUUUUCCCAGCCUCAAAGAUAGCCCAGGAUACUAUGAUAUACAAAGGACUGCAAAAACUACUGAAAGUACGUGCAAACUAACUUUUUCCAGUUACCUGGCCUAUUUUUCCAGGCCAUGAAUCAACUAAAAUUCUGAGAUUCUCAAUUCAACAAGUGCUCACUAUUUUCACUACCUUAUGCAAAGGCUAAGGUUGAAAAAUGAAAUAAUACAAGUAACUACAAAUGAAGAGUAUGUAUAAUACUGUAAAAAUCAUACAUGCAAAAUUUCUACAACAGCUUUUGCCUUUUCCCAAUAUGUGCCAAGAACCUACUGUCCGGAGAUGAUCUGUUUUUCAAACAAAUUCAUAAUGAAAUAAAUUUGGGAUAAGCUA